AAAUUAAAUAUUAUCUGUGAAAUAAUUUUUUUUUAAAAUGUUUGACUUUUCUUGGUGGUAUUAAUGAGUAGUUAGACUACAUAAUCUCACACUAAAUAUUUGUUAACAAAAAUUCAUGAAUCGUCAAAUAUUUUUCAUGUGAAAGAUUUAAUAAAUCUAAAACAGGUCAAACUUUUUUCCUAUAUAUAUUUUCUUUAAUAAGAAUUCUUUAUUUGUCCGUCACAUUUUUAUCUUCUCUUAUUUCAUUUUUCGAUCAUUCAUGGCUUCUCAAGAUGAUGAAAAUGUUGGGCCAAAUUCUGAUCAAAAGAAUGAAAAAUCAAUAUGUCGAUAUUCAUUUGAACAAGUGAUCGAAAAACUUGAAGAAAUGUUCAGCAAGAUGUCAGAUCCAGAAAGUGAUGUAAUAGAGCAGCUGAGUGGGGAGCUAGGGCUUGACAUAACACAAGUCAAAAUUUGGUUUGACAACAAAAGAUAUCAGAUUCAGGCUCAAAGAGAUAUGGAAGAACGUGAGAUUCUUCGUUUGGAAAAUGAAAUAUUGCAUGCUGAGAUUUUGCAAAUACAUUCAGAGUUGAACAAUAGGAUUUGUGCUAAUUGCGAUAAUCCUGAGCAAGAACAAAUCCUACAAGACAUGCAAAAUGAAAACGAGAAUGCUACAAUUACAGACGAGAUUACGAUGAUGUUCAAUAUGAUUGAUCAUAUCGAGGAAAUCGCUAAUGAUUACAAUGAUGAUUCGAAUAGCAUAGAUUUGGAGCUCCGAUUGAAACGUAACGAUGAUCCAAAUGGCCCAGAUUUGGAGCUCAGAUUGGGAUGAUGUUCUAUCUGGCAAUUUUUCAAGAAUGAAUUGAAGAUUUGAAACGUUUUAAAGGGUAUUUGAAGAUUGGGAAGCGAAUGAAAAAAGGGUUUAUUAGUGGUAUUCAACCAGUGUUUUUUUAGUAUUCUCUUUUAAGUUAAUCUUGCAAUUAUGUUGAGACUUAGAUUUUAAUUAUCAUAUGCAUAACUAUGUUACUUUUCUUUAUAUAUUUACUUUAUGUUAUG